CAACGAUGUUCGCUUACAGAAAGAUGCUAUAUGCCUAUGCAUAUGGACUGAGGAUUGAAGGUUUGAGCACCUACGGUUAAGAAACACCAUAGCUUGCUUAGCAAGGCAAUAUCAUUAUUGCAUUUAAGCACUUCUAAGCGAUACGUUACAUUGAGAGCGUUGUCUGCCUGAAUCCGCAGAGUUGGCGCCGUGCGCAUUUAGCCUUGUCGCUUCUAGCUUCCGAGCUUCAGUAAGCAACGCUUGUUCGUCCCAUGGAUCUUCUUCGGCGUGGUUUAGUCCACCUGCAGCAGGCGCGGAUUGCUGUUGAACAAGCAGCAGAGCGAAAAGCCAACUCCUCGGAGCGACCUACUGCGCUAGACUUUCUCAUCGCGAUAUUAGCGCUAGCGACGGUCAUGGCUAUGGUACUGGGCUCUGUUGCCCUUGGCUGGCGAACCCUCUGGCGCACCACACUCCACAAGAUCGGAGUCUUCCGAGACAUCCUGGGCCUCAACAGGGCAGCCAAGGCGGAGGCAAAGCGGCGAGCGGAGGCAGAGAUCCGCUCCCUCAAGAGCCAGAUACACCAGCAGCAUUUCGGUUUCGGAGCUCCUACGUCUGCGGCGGCGAGCAGUAAGGACGACUGAGUCACCCUAUCGUGCCCCACCCCUCGCACCAAAGCCGCACCACACCGCUGUUCCAUCAGCCCUUCAUUAACAGCUCAGUAAGAGCGAUUCAAGGCCCCAAGCGCCCCUCGCUGCUGACAUGUCAUUAUCGUUCCUAAACUGCAGCACCGAGGCACUCACCCCAGCCGACCCACGGGUCUAUCUCCACCCCAGUUUCUGUCUCGAGGUGGUCCAACAUCCCUCCCGGCACUCACUCUCAACCGCAUCACACCGCCAGUCCAUCAUCCUCUUUCAUCUCCCUGAGGAACCGCUCUUCACCUCCCUGUGUAACGCUGAUGGCGCCCCCGGGGCCGUGAUGUCUGCUGCACCCCGGCGCACCCGCAGCACGACAGCAGCGACCCGUGUGUCCCUCUCCUCCUAUCGGCGGCCUCGGCCUCCUGCCAACACACCACCAGGCUGCCAACGGGUCACCACCCAACAAUGUGUUGGUGCGCCACGACCAGCGGAACGGCUGUACGGUUCAUCGGCCCCCUCCGCAAGCCACUGAGACGCCCGGUGAACCCCAUCAUGCCUCCUUCUCCUCCUCCUCCUCCUCCAUUACCCGGAUGGCAAAGCGCCUCUCCAACACACCUCCAUCUCAGUACCUCUUCUUGCCGG